ACCGACUCGCUUCGCUUGACAGAAGGCGACCGCCAUUACAUUGAUUCCUAGCAAAGUGUGAGCGAGUGUCAUGCUUUGAAAAAAAAUUCUUAUAUCCUACAUGGAGUGUCUGCAGUAAAAUAUAUUGAACGACUCAAUAAUACAAAAGGAAGCCAUGGAAAAUAAGGAGUUGUCGAAUAAUCAAGAUAAGCUGAUAACCAGAAGCAAAGCAAAGACGUCUGUAGGCCACAGGAAAAUUGUCAACUACCUGGAAAAGAUCAGCAAAGAUGAGUCGGGGGCGCCGGUGAAAUGGAAAUUCAGCAAGAAAGGCGUAAAGUAUGCUCAAGGUAUUAGUAAACGCAUUACAAAAUCCAAGACAGAUACAAAGUUAAAACGUCUUCAAAGUCAUCCACUCAAAAUGGAAAAUACGAACUCAAUAAAUGAAAAGAGUUCUGAGAAUCAUCAGUUCGUAAAAAAGAAACCAGGUAGAAAAAAGAAAAAGCCUGAGAAUGUUCCGGAAACAGAAUCCAAAUUAGAAAAAAAUGACGACGAUGAUGAUGAUGCUUUACAAACUGAUAAUUUAAUAAUUAGCAUCAGAAGAUUGGACUCGGAAUCAUCUACACCUGGGGCGACUGAACGUAUUGUCACGAUAAAGCAACCUUCUGGAAAUGCUAAUGCUGCUGAAAAAUCCAUUCCAGAGAAAAUACUCCCUCAACCUGCUCCCAUUAAAAAGCGUGGCCGUCCAAAAAGUAUUCACAAAAUAAUCCAAGAAAAAGUAAAAGCUAGUAAACUUAAACUAACCACCAACAAGGUAGAAGUGAAUAAAAGAAAACCUAGCAACAAGUCUGAAGCACUGCAAAAUUUGGAGAAGGUUGUUGCUGUUAAACGAGGACGACCGCGGAAAAAAGAGACAACAGAAAACAGAGAAAUACGGAAGGAAGGUUUGGAAGAGAGUGAAUCGAGAGAACAAUCAGUAUCAAGAGUUGAUUCCGACAUAGAAAGUAUUGAUUCAAAUAUCAGUGGCUCCUCAUCAAGACAUAAAACCAAGAUUCGGAAAACUUAUCAGGGGAUACGACUGGGACCAAGGAAAUUGCUCCGUAGUCAAGAUAGCUUAAUGACUCGUAGGAAAAAAGUUACACUUUCAUCUGUUGCAGCUUCAAAAAUUAAAAGAAAGCGAACAUUGAGUAGUGAUUUUGAACUACUUGAUGAAGUUUCCCUAAAAAGGAAAAUUCGUAAAGAAGAGUUGGAUGAUGUUAGUCGUGAAUCUUCAAUAGAUAGGGAUGAGAACAGACAGAAGGCUCAGAAGAAAGAUGAGAAAAUCAAUUUACCAAAGCCAGGAGGAAUGCCGGAUAACCAAAGGAUUCACUCUUCUAAAGAAGUUUCAUCAGAAAAAUUAAUUUCACAAACAAAGGAAAAGAUGUCGAUCGAUGAAUCAAAUGACAGCAGAGGAGACCUUGAAAUUAAAUCAACAGAACCUGAAGAAUCGGUACCAAAAGUCAGAAGACGAGGGCGACCACCAAAGAAACUAUCGGAGAAAUACCAAAAUAAGAAUUUGGAAUCUGAAAAAAUGCCCCAACCACAUAGAAAACAGAUAUUGCAAGACAACAAAAUUCCGAAAUUGUCCAAAAUAAAGCAGGAACAUCCUCAUAAAAACCUGGAAAACACAGACAAAAAUAGCUCUCAUCUCCUAGAAAUUUCGUCGGAAGAGAGCUCUCCACAGUAUGCAAGCAGUCGAAGUGUCUUUACUUUUGGCACUUUGAAAAUCAUUGGACCAGGUGGUGUUAAACUUAAAGGCAAUUCUCCAUUGAAACAAGUUUUUGACACUACUGCCGAAGAACUUCAUUGCAAGGCAAAAUUAUCCACAGAGACCUAUGCUGAGAAAGUAGAAGUUGGAUACAAGGAAAGACAAAGUAAAAAACACCAACAUGUUUCUUCAAACGUGAUAAAAUCCCAAGAAAAAAGUAAUGAUAUCGGAUCAUCAAAUGAAAAAGAAGGAAAUGAAAUUGGAAAAGAUGACAAAGUGGAAACAAUACAGAAAUUGGAAAUUCAUCCUGACGAAAUAAAAGAUGGACAUGUUAAUAAUGGUGAUGUGAAUAAAGAUUCUUCCCAAGCUCAGUCAAAUGAAGAAGACAAGAUAAGUCCAUUUAAUGCUUUCACAGAUGAAAAGCUAUUUAAUGAAGCUGAGAAAGCAGGCGAAAAUAAAGAUGUUGACACAGUCAAUUUGCAGGCAGAGAAAAAUAAAGAAAUUCUAAUCAAACAAGUUGAACAAUUAUGUACAGACACAGUAGUUCCUUACAUGGAAUCAGAAAAAGAGGAAAGAGAGGAAAGUAAGAAUGAACAGAAUCGGACAACACUCCAAACAGAAGAAGAAAAUCUUGAAUCAGAAGAACACAACUCAAAAGAAAUGUUUGAGAAAAAUCUGGACUUACAAGAACCAAAAUUAAACGCCGUGGAAUGUGAAGGAGAGUGUAUUGAUGAAAAUUCAACAAUAAGAACUGAAAAGGUUGGAAGUGAAAUAAUCAUGGAUGUUAGUCCAAACAGUCAACAUAGAAAAGAAAAUGAAGAUAUUGCUGGUGCUAAGGAAAAUGAGAUCCAUUCAACGACAAAAGAGAAAGACUUUGAAAAUAACAUAUACAGUGAUGUAAAAGGUGCUCUUUUUCCAAAUGAAUCUACAUUGGAUAGUUCAGAAUCAAAGAAUGAAUUGGAAACUGAAAAACAAUCUUUAGAAGAUCACAGCAUUUCUGGUAGCAGGAAAAUAGACGAGAAGCAACAUGACUGCUUUGAAAAAUCAGAUAAUAUUGAUCAGAAAGACACUGACUUCAGAAGUACCAUAACACCUGAUUCUUCAACAACUCUGUUUGUUACAGAAGAUAAUGAAAGUAAAAAUCAGUACUUUGGUGGCACGGAUAUGGAGGAAGAUUCCUCAAAAGAUAAUAAAUGCGAAGAAAAUAUGGAUACGGAUGAAAUAAUUGAUGAAAAUGUUGAAAAGUCAGAUGCUGCUCUUGAUAGUACUGAUGAAUUAAAAGAUGAGACGACUUUAGCUACAAACUUUGAUAAGACAUCCGUUAGUGAGGUUGAGAAAAUCGACAGAGAAGAAAGUAAAGAAGUUACUUCUCUUUCUGAAAAGAGAAAAGAUUCUGCAGAAGAAAUACCGACUGAUGAGUCUGAAGAGUCUAGGACAUUUUCAACAGAAAAUAAUGAGUUGUCUGAAGAAAACAUAGCGUCAGAAGAAAAAACUGAGAACGAAGGUGAAAUCAAAUCCCAGAGACAUCAGGAUGUUGACAAUAAAAACAACGAUAUAACGAAUAUUGGUAUUGUGGAUACUGGUAUCACAACCUUGCAAAAUGUCGCAAGAGAAGACGUAGAUAAUUCAUCAAUUCCGAAUCAAACUGAGGAGACAAAUUCCACUUCAGACGAGCAGGUUGUGUCAGAGGAAAGAAAUAUUGAAACUCCUUCUGAGGAUUCAGGUCAGAAACCAGAUGAUAUACUUAGCGAUUCUGAAAUUCCAGGACUUUAUUUCAGAAACAUAUGCAAGGAAACCAGUGACAACGAUGUUCCUUUCAGCUCUUGUUCGGAAUCACAAAAAAUGGACGUCUCCGAUGAUGCCAAAACAAAUAUUCCUCUAACUGAUCCCCUGACAGAGAAACUUGAAAUAAACGUUGACAAAGACGAAAACUCUAGUUCUUCAGAGCUUAGUCUAAAUCAUAGUGGAAACUUUACCUCUCUCAAGGAUGACCACCUGAAGGUGACAGAGGAAGGAAGCCCAGAACAUGGGGAUCAUUCAUCAAAGAAGAAAGGUGGUAAAAACAUUUCUCCAACACAGAGAGUGUUCCAGCUCAGACAAAAAGCCUCACGGUCUCCUCUUGAAAUAAUUGCAAUGAGACAGAGUAAAGAGGAGAGAGAAUACUUACUUGAACAAUCCCAAAAAGCCUUCAAGAGAGAAGAAAAACAAAGAAGGUUGAAAACAAAACAACAGAAAUUAGAGAACAAUUUUGAACAAGUGCAUUUGACUGCCAAUCAGAAGGAUGUUUCUGAUAUUUUUGAAAAAGCUCCAUCCCCAGGUAAAGUUGCUGGUACAUCUGUAGAGGAACAACCUCUCUCUCUGGAAACAGGCAAUCAGGAAAAAAGCAGGAUGCUAGAACACAUGUGUAAACCAUGUAAUGUUAUUCUUAUUGACUUCAUGAAGUAUCUUAAUGUUACAGAAAAGGGAGAUAUGGAUUCGGAGGAUCUUAUAAAUGAAAAAACACAAGAGACAAAUGAACAAGAACAACAAAACAAGGAAAUACCAAUGCAGAAAGAAGAAGAAAACACAGAGGAAGCAACUGUAGAUAAAGCGAAAGAAACUGUCCUCUCUGAGAUGCAGCCUGAAGCAAGGAAAAAACGAAGACCAUCAGCUCGUAAACAGGCAACUGGAUAUCACUUUAAUAGAAAACUAACUGCGGAAAUAGUUCGAUAUCCUGAGGAUGAACGUGCUAACCAGUCUGAUUCUGUUGUUCCACCGCUUAGACUUAAAAUUAAACAAAACUUGAUUCUUGAACCGAAGAGGAAGCCUAAGCCAGGGAGACCAGCCAAAAGGAAAGCGAGGAAAAGCAUGAGUCCUAGAAAGAAAAUGAAUUUAUUUGAAAACAAAUCCAAUUUUAUGCAGGGUCAAACGUUGCUAAGUCAGGAUAUGGUACAAGGUGAUUCUUCACCUCCCCAAGAGCAGAAUCCCUGUCAUGGCGAUGAAAGUGAUUCUGAUAUGUGUGAGUGUGUAUAUAAUCAAUGCGGCUUUCAGUCGAAUCGCAAAAAUGUAGAAACACAUGUUUUUGUUCAUUUAAAGAACACUAAAAUGACAUGCAUGAGAUGCAGCAAAAUAUUCAAGAACAGUAGUAUGGCAUAUGCACAUUCCGGAAAAGAACAUCCAAAUGAGGAGGUACAAAUUCAACCAUCAGAAAAGUGUGAUGUGAAACAAUUCUACAAAGUUCUUAAGUCUCCUUCUUCAGCACCAUCAACUCCUCCCCAGCAAAUAAUUCCACAAGUAGAACAGUCUCCAGAGGCUGUAAUAAUUAAAGUUGUACUUCCUGGAAAUAGACCUGGAAAGGGAUGUUAUUGUUGUAGCUACUGCGAUUACUCCUCUUCCUUACAGCAAGAUAUUCUUGAUCACAUCAAUGAUAAUCAUCGUCCUGAUAUCCAGUUUACCUGCUCAUUAUGUGAUAAACAAUUUUUUGGGAAUAAGGAUGGUAUUGCCGAUCAUUUUAAGACAGAACAUCCAAAUGAAGCUAUUAUGUACAAAUCUCUGCCUGACUUUUAUGAUUCUAGAAAGGGGACUGUACACAGUCAUUCCGUAAGUUCUAAUGAUAAAGGAAAUAUAUUUGAAAAAUUUUCGGACAUGUUUCCCCGCGAGAAAUCAAGUGCAGAAAGCUCCCAAAGAUCAAGUAAACGGUGGCAUGAGAAAACUUCAGCAGAAGCAGAUAGCACUACAGUGGAGCAUGAAGAUACACACAAGGAACUUGGAACACCUGUUCAGAGAAAUGAUGGAACAGUAGUUAGAGUAGCUGAAACAGAACCUGUGGAGGAUGGUAUUGAAGCUCUUGCAAAAGAAUAUGGAAAUAGAAACACCACAGAUGAAUCUGCUGUUGAAAAUGUACAGGCAGUAGAAAAGAGGUACCGUGAUGGCACCAACCAAGAAGAAUCUAAUGAUAUGGGUUUGAAGAUCGUGGAUGUAGUCAGUUUAAGAGAUCAGGCUGGUAUAGAUUGGUCAGAUACACCUUCAUCUUUACCUCAGUCACCUUUUGGUAAUGUUCAAUAUUCACAGGUUCAGAAUCAAGAACAUCAGAGUCUUUCUCAAAGCAAUGUCAGUAUAGUGUCAGCACUUACUUCACCAAGGCAGUACCCUAAUUUGUAUUCAUCCACCAUUCCUCCUAGAGCAGUUCCUACUGCAAAUCUAGGUGUACCUCAAAGAAAAGUACCUCCUUCACCAUAUCCACCUGCAACGAAGAAAAAGAAUGAUGGGAAAACGUGCACAACAUACAAGUGUGAAAAAUGUAAUGUGCAUGCACCAGUUCUAGCAACAAUGGUGGAACACCUGCGGCUAAGUCAUAGAGAUAUAGAGAAACUAUUUUUGUGCCCAUAUUGCAGACAAUAUGAAGGAGCAACAGAACCAGACAUACACCGUCACAUCAAACAAUUUCAUCAUCAAAAUAUGCAACAGAAAAGCCCACCAGUAGCUUUAUCUAGUGCUGCCAAACAACACCUUCGAACUAUCCAAGUUGCGCUAGGAGACAGUCAUUCCUCAACGGAUAAAGUAGUUAUGGAAAAAGAUAUUUAUAAGUGCUUAAAAUGCAACGGACACAUGCCAUCUUUAGAUUUCAUUUAUUCACAUCUUGAAAAACAACAUAAUGAAUUUUUUGUUAAUGCCUGUCCUGAAUGCAAACGUUUUAGACAUAAAGAUGAACAGGUUGUGUUUCAACAUAUAAGAGAUGUGCAUGGAAAAAGUACUGAAAAUGUAACUCUCUCUGUGGCAAUCGAAGAGAAUCUGUUCACAAGGGUUCAGUGUUUGACAAAAGGAAAGGUUACACCUUCAACAAAGUCUCAGUCAGGUGCCACCAAUGUUUCUUUACAAGGUCACACUGUUUCAAGAAUGUCUACGUCUGUACCCCAGGAACGUGCUAAUUUAUCAAGUCAGAUUUCUCAAAAUCUAUUAGGAAGACCAGUCAUUCCAAUAGCCUCGCAAGUUCGCCCAUCAUUCCCUGCACCACAGUCAAUGGCUUCUCCUCUACUUCAACAACCACCGCAGUUUCUGAGCAAGUCUUCUCUGCGUAAGUCCAGACCAAUGCAUAGGGAUGCAACAAGGUCGUUUCCUCCAAGAAGUGACGCAGACUUUCCUGGGUCUCUGAUGCCAGGUGCUGGGAAUGUAAAUGAUCCUCCCCCACUGAUGAGAGGACCCCCUCCUCUAAUAAAAUUUCAACAAACACAGUUUGGUAAAUCCAUCAAUUCACCCCAAGAGGUGCUUUCAUCACAAAGUGAUCCUGCCGUUCGAGGCACAUCUUUUGGUAUGACAGAUAGAUUACAAAGAUUACACAGUCCAAAUUCCAGCAGAAUGAACUCUCCAGUGCCGUCGGCUGGGGAUGCCACACUCACACCUAUCGUCAGUCGUCCUGUGUUGAAGGUUCCAAAUGUUCGUCCUACAUUAUCUUCACCACCAACUACUCAACCACCACCAUACUCAGUUGCCAUUGUUUCACGAGGAAAUGCAGGAAGUGUACUCGAUUUGUCCCGCCAAAUGUCAUCACCUCCUGCAAGGCUGGUACACAAACCAAAUCUGGAAGCAGAAGAUGUUUCUCCAGAUGCCUUCCAAAUAUUUAAUAUCAGACCAGGCACUCCUCAAAAUGAUCCAAAUUUGAAUAAUUAUAACCAAUUUCAAGUACGACCUAGUAGUGCACCAAAUCCUAGAAUGCUUUUAGGAAUGCAGUCAAGUCCUAGAGUGCAGGCAUUAACUCAGCAGAUGCAAACUGCCAAGGGGAUUCCACAACAGAGACAUUAUUUACCAAGGCAAAGGUUCGCUUCACCUAAUGCAGUGGUUAGUGAUAAAAACAUGCCAAUUGAAGGUAGAAUAUAUAAGUGUCCAUACUGCCCGCAAAUCAUUCCUCUUAGCAUUGCCGAAGUUCCUAGGCAUAUUGAGCAGAAACACCCAGGGUGUUCAAUUGUUUUUCAUAGAAUUUAAUAUUUGUCGGUUCACUGAUGUCUAAAGAGUUACCAUUGUAAAGAUAUCAUUUAUUUUUUUCGGUUUUGUGAUUUUAGUUUAAUAUUGAUAACGUUUAAGCUUAAUGAAUGCAUCAUCUGAAAUUAAACUAUUAAUUGCCACCAUAAUGUAUACGUGAUUAUGAAGAACUGGAUUUUUUUUCAACUUGUGUGAGAGAUGAAAAUUGUAUUAAAAUGUUUGCGUUGAAAAAAGGGUUUGAGAGGUAUAAAACUCAACAAUGCUGUUGUUUUUUCGAAGUUAUGAAAAUAUUUUGAUAUAAAUUGUAUGCAUUUUAUGUUUUUUUUCAAGCAUCGACCAAAUGACGUAAACUAAAUACUUUGUAAAUGGGUGUACUCAUUUUUGCAGAGCAUCAGGAAAUAUUUCAUGUUGAUCUCGUUUUUUAAUUGUAUUCACAUCUGAAGUAAAUUUAAUUAGAGUCGCAUUAUAGUUAAAGAGUUUGGUAUUGGUAGGUUUGAUGAGUGCAACCUUUUGUAAAUGACAAAAGGCUAAAGAACGAAAAUUUGUCACUCUGUCAGCGAUAUGAGAAUUUUUUAGGGCAUUAUUUAUUUUUGAUCAUCUUUAUCAUCUUUUCCACAUGGACCAUAAUUUUCAAAUAUGUUAUACAUUCUGUGAUGUGAUACAUUUUGUACAAAAAGGUUUUGCAGAAUAAAAAAGAGAACAAUUAGA